CCAGGGAUACUGUUCAUGCGGAGGUGUUGUAAAGGUAUAAAAUGAAAAUGACCCGUUCCUCGCAGCUACAAUAUCUCCAGCGUCCUGAUAUCCAUCAUGUUAUCAGCAGAUGCUGUAUCCCUGACUUGCGCGAUGAUAUCGUUAUUCGAAGCAAUUCUCUUAUACUCCCCGCCACGCUAUUGCGCUAGCAAGGCGAACGAGCGACCUCAACCCUCUGGUAACCAGCUCAUCAUCUCCAGGCUCAUCAGGCUAAUCGUCCACGCUCUGUGACUCAUCUGCAAAGUCGACCGGCUCGAGACCAUACCGAUUCCAUGGACGGAUGAGCAAGAAUGUCUGCCGAGUACGCCUUGCAGGCAAGAAUUGAACAA